AAAUAACGGUAGCAAAGAACAUAAACCGGAAGUUGUAAGCAGCUAAGACGCUGUGUGGUUUUGAUUUUAAAGGUUGUUGGUUCGUUCUAGAUAAACUUUCAGAUCUACACAAAAACUCAAUAUGGGGAAGCGACAGCACCAAAAAGACAAAAUGUACAUAACGUGUACAGAGUACACAAACUUUUAUGGGGGGAAGCGAGCAGAAAUCCCACAGGCAAACUUCAGACGGCUUCCUUUUGACCACUGCAGCUUGUCACUUCAACCAUUUGAGUAUCCUGUCUGUACUGAGGAGGGAGUCAUCUUUGACCUGCUGAGCAUUAUGCCAUGGAUCAAGAAGUAUGGUACUAAUCCGAUCUCUGGAGAGAAACUGGAAGCAAAAUCCCUCAUCAAGCUUAACUUUGCCAAGAACAACGAUGGAAAGUAUCACUGCCCUGUUCUGUACAAUGUCUUCACAAAUAAUUCUCACAUUGUUGCCAACAAGGUCACUGGCAAUGUGUUUUCUUAUGAGGCUGUUGAGCAACUCAACAUCAAGACCAAAAGUUUUAAAGAUCUGCUGAGUGACGAACCCUUUACCAGAAGAGACAUUAUAACCCUUCAGGACCCCACACACCUGGACAAAUUUAAUGUUUCCAGCUUCUUCCACGUGAAGAACAACCUGAAGGUGUUGGAUCCAGAUGAGGAAAAGGCCAAGCAGGACCCGGCGUACCACCUGAAGAGCACCAAUCUUGAGACCAGGGAGACCUUAGCUGAGCUGUACAAAGACUACAAAGGGGAUCAGCUCCUCGCUUCCACCAUGAAGGAGCCAGAGGCCAAGAAGACAGACAAGAUAAAUGCUGCCCACUACUCCACAGGCAGAGUUUCAGCCUCCUUCACGUCCACAGCCAUGACCCCAGCAACAACGCACGAAGCAGAUGCCAUCGCAGACGACACUGUGCGUUACCAGUAUGUCAAGAAGAAAGGCUACGUUCGUCUACACACAAACAAAGGAGACCUUAAUCUUGAGUUGCACUGUGAUAAGGUUCCCAAAGCUGGAGAGAACUUCAUCCGUCUGUGUAAAAAAGGCUACUAUGAUGGGACCAUUUUCCACAGGUCCAUCCGGAAUUUUAUGAUUCAAGGAGGGGACCCCACUGGAACUGGAACAGGAGGGGAAUCCUUCUGGGGAAAACCUUUCAAGGAUGAGUUUCGGCCCAACCUGUCUCACACCGGCCGGGGGGUGCUAAGCAUGGCGAACUCUGGUCCAAACACCAACAAGUCCCAGUUUUUCAUCACAUUCAGGUCAUGCACUUACCUCGACAAGAAGCACACAGUAUUUGGAAGGGUUGUUGGUGGAUUUGAGACACUUACUGCCAUGGAGAAGGUGGAGAGUGAUCCCAAAACGGACAAACCCAAGUCGGAGAUCAAGCUCAUGAGUACAACUGUGUUUGUGGAUCCGUAUGAAGAAGCUGAUGCUCAGAUCACGGCAGAGCGAGAACAGGAGCUGCAGAAGCAGGAGGAGGAGAGGCAGCAGGUCUGCACUGCCCUGAAGAAAGCUAAGGAGGAACAGGCCCCAAAGACCUUCAAGGAAGGUGUGGGGAAAUACAUCAAUCCUGCCACAGUAACCAGAACAAAACGUCCGGCGGACGAAAGGGGCCCGUCUCCCAGCGGCGCAGCGGCAGCCAAGAAGUCCAAAAGCAAGACCAACUUUGGAGACUUCAGCUCCUGGUAGCACCACCACAUUCAGCAGUUCUGUUUGGUUUUUUUAAAUAUAUAUAUAUAUACACUGGCCAAGUCGAGGCAAAAUUCAAUUCCUUCAUGCUUAGGUUUUUGUACCAUCUUCAUCCCUCAAUGGCAUCUUGUAAAAC